GAACGGUUUACGGUGUAAACAAACGAACUUCCAGCCGUUUUUUGUACUUUUUUUUUCAAUGUGCAUGAAAUUACGUUGUCGCACGAAUUCCAAGCGUUUCAUAAUAUUUGACUCCCAUUUAAGAACAAUCAGGCCUCCAGUCACACACUGUAAACAGAACGGACCACAUAAUAUUUUUGCAAAAUGUCAAAAAUAACCAGGGUACCUGGGUAUAUGCAGUCGAAGGGGAAUAGGAACAGAGGACCAAUUGGUGACAGGGAAAUUCGAUACAAAUGUUCUAUGCAGAACACAAUACUGGAUGUGCUACGGGCUCGGCCAGGUUGGCAAGAAGUGUCGGGUCCUAACACAGCAGCCAAUCAGCAGCAGCCAGGUCAGAAAGGUUCAGCAACUGGUAGUCAGCCAGCCAAGGACAAAAAUGGACCAGCCACCUCCUCUACUGGGGGAACUACAACAACAAAGACAAGUAACCAGACUACUACACCUAGUAACCAGAUGACAGGAACAACAACAACAACAAAAUCAAGCAUUGUGAAUAGGGGGUUUCCAACACCGCAACCAACCCCACGAAUAGUUGACGGUGACUGGGAUUUCUAUUGGUGUGACAGGGAGUGGUUACAUGCUAACUAUGACACCAUGUUUCUACAAGAACACCAGAAAAUUUUACACUUUAGAAAUCAUUAUGAGCUGACGAGGAAGAAUUUGAUGGUGAAGAAUCUGAAGCGAUUACGGAAGCAGACAGAAAGAGAAAUGGGCAAGAAGGAGGCCGAGAGCUUUGAUUUCUUUCCUACAACAUAUGAACUACCUAGUGAGUAUCACAUAUUUGUUGAAGAGUUUAAGAAAAAUCCAGGAAUUAUAUGGAUUAUGAAGCCAGCGGCAAAAUCACAGGGUCGUGGAAUAUUCUUGUUCCGAAAACUGAAGGACAUCACUGACUGGAAAAAGGGAGAAUACCAGCCAUUGACUGAUCCGAACAGAGAGGUACCAGAGACAUAUGUGGUACAGAGAUAUAUUGAGAAUCCUUACCUCAUUGGUGGAAGAAAGUUUGACAUCAGGGUCUAUGUACUUGUGGUUUCAUACAACCCACUAAAAGUGUGGCUAUACAGAUCAGGGUUUGCCAGGUUUUCCAACUCAAGGUUCUCCUUAGACUCAAUAGAAGAUGCUUAUGUUCAUUUAACCAAUGUUGCUGUACAGAAAACAGCCCCGGACUAUGACCCAGAUAAGGGAUGUAAGUGGGCGACGCAACAACUACGACAAUAUCUAACUGCAAAGCAUAGCGCAGAUGCUGCAAGAAAGGUGUUUCAAGGAAUUGACAAUAUUAUAAUCAAAAGCCUGCAGAGUGUACAGAAGAUCAUCAUAAAUGAUAAACAUUGUUUUGAAAUGUAUGGUUACGAUGUAUUACUGGAUUCAAAGUUGAAACCUUGGUUGAUAGAAAUUAAUGCGUCUCCUUCAUUGACUGCCAGCGGGAAAGACGAUUAUGAUCUCAAAUAUGGUGUUCUAAAUGACGUGCUGAAUGUCCUUGACCUUGAAAAUAGACUCACAGGUAAAGAGAAACGUGUUGGAGGUUUUGACCUGAUUUGGGAUGACGGUCCAGUGUUAGCAGACGAUGGCAGCAUGGAGUGUUCAGUAAAUGGAUCAUCCACAACAGCCAACUCUUUCUUAGGUUGUCACAGUGAAAGGAAGAAACAGUUGCGAGAAAUUUACACAGCGGCUCAGGCAUUGAAGAAAUCAGUAGCCUCCUGAUGAUAGAAGAAUCCCUGGUCUUGUUGUAAUAUCCCAUGCCAAACAAGUAUUGUUGGAUACUAUUUGUCGGUCAUAAAAUGACAGACAGACAUUAUAGUUGUUCAAAUAAGCAACAAUGAUAAAGUUUGAAGUUUGUUCAGUUUUGAAUUUGUGAAUUCAGUGCUGUUUGUCAAGUUCCCUUCAUACAAGAAAAAAACAUUUGGGCUGAAAAGGAAAUGGACUGGUUUUAUAAUCGGUUUGACAGCUCCUUUUGCUUUAUAAAAUAUCAGAGCUGUUAAACAUGGAGAAAGCAAAUAAAGGUUAGGAAAAGUAUAGACAACAGUCAACUGGGAAAUCUGUUGAAUGACCUUCCUAUACCAUUGCAAGGCUUUAUUAAAGGAAUUUCUAUUCAUUUGUCUAUUUUUGUCACGGAAAAAUGUUAUGUUUGAUUAAACUAGAUGUGUUAUAGGGAAAUGCUCUUAUUUUACGUAUUGUAGUCCCUUUUGUCUGUGAUAUUUUAAAUUCGGGUGUUUCAUUGUAUAUCGUAUCAUAAUAUUCAUUUAUGUACAAUAUGAGAUAUUACCAAUUUUCUUUUUAAUUCUAUAGAGAUAAUCAAAAAGAAGUGACCCAGAUAAACUGUUUUAUGCCAGAGUUCUCAGUAUUUACCAUUUCCUUUGCCCGCAUACACUGCAAUUUAAACCCCACGUAGUGUUUAUAUACACGUGAAAUCUAACCCAUGCAUCAGUCCAACAAAUAUUUGCAUGUUGUAAAGUAUGAGUCACUUACUACAUUUUAAAGUUAACAUUCCUGGGUCAGUUAUAGAAUGUUAGUUAUGUAUAAUGUUUAUAUUAUGAGGUAAGAGCAGUAUUAUUUCUAAGACUGUGAAAAGGGGCUGCAGUUACUGUUACAGUAAAGUCUCUAGACACUGCAUAGGGAAGAGCAAGUUUCUCCAGUUAUCAUGGGUUUCCAGCAAUCUGAACAUAGAAAAUAUAAAGAAAAGGACAGGAGACUGAGCCAUAGUUCUCAGGCCUCCGAGCCUCAAACAAGCAGUGUUUCACUGUAACUUGAUUUUGUAGAACCCUAUUUAUUUCUGUGGAAAUCUCUUAUGACCAUGAUACAUCAAAUUUCUGUUAUACCCUGUCAUGUUAAUGACAGAUAUUGAACAUACUGUAUGGAAUUUUGAGGAGCAGAUUUUUAUUCUCCUGUUAGGGAGUUUCUCCAAGAUGAUUUAUGUUCCAGAUAAAGUGUAACUGUUAGGGAGUUUCUCCAAGAUGAUUUAUGUUCCAGAUGAAGUGUAACUGUUAGGGAGUUUCUCAAAGAUGAUUUAUGUUCCAGAUAAAGUGAAUUUCUCCAAGAUGAUUUAUGUUCCAGAUAAAGUGUAACUGUUAGGGAUUUUUUCCAAGAUGAUUUAUGUUCCAGAUAAAGUGUAACUGUUAGAGAGUUUCUCCAAGAUGAUUUAUGUUCCAGAUAAAGUGUAACUGUUAGGGAGUUUCUCCAAGAUGAUUUAUGUUCCAGAUAAAGUGUAACUGUUGGGGAGUUUCUCCAAGAUGAUUUAUGUUCCAGAUAAAGUGUAACUGUUAGAGAGUUUCUCCAAGAUGAUUUAUGUUCCAGAUAAAGUGUAACUGUUGGGGAGUUUCUCCAAGAUGAUUUAUGUUCCAGAUAAAGUGUAACUGUUAGAGAGUUUCUCCAAGAUGAUUUAUGUUCCAGAUAAAGUGUAACUGUUAGGGAGUUUCUCAAAGAUGAUUUAUGUUCCAGAUAAAGUGUAACUGUUUUAACACUGUAGCAUUACUUGCAUCACUUGUUAUUAGCUGUAAACAUUCCGUCCAGUAUAAACCUGUGAUUUUAUUCUCUGAAUAUUUUAUAAUGAGUUAUGUUUUACAGGAUGUAUGAAAUUAUACUGUUUUGUACUUUACGUUAAAACAUUAAAUUAUGACAAGAUUU